GUUACUUGAUGAUCACAUGACUAUUAGUCUAGCGGAAAUCAGUCAGCAAACACGAACGAAGUCUCAGAUUUACCGACAACAUGACUGCCUUUACAUUAAGUUUUCUCUGGUUAUUAAUCAUUUCAACUAUUACAGUUGGUGUUUUAUGUGGCGAAGAGUCAAGAAACGUAACGGUCACCUACAAUGAUGGCUGUGACAUCCCUGAAUGCAAGGACGUAAAAGGGCCUUUUUACAACCUUGUCCACUUCCGAGCGAAAGGGACGACGGACACAAUCCACCAUGUUUGGAGUUCCAUCGGAGCGCCGAGUCUGCUGGUCGCGAGAACGAAGACCACGGCCAUAAUGAAUGUGGAUUGGAAGAAAGUCAUCGCUAGGGAGGGAGGAGCUAUCACUUUCAGCCCCGAUGGAGAUGUGUUUUCAGUCUCAGCCUUUGUCAUAUCAAGGCUGUUGGAGUAUGAUGAUGAAAAGGAUACAGCAGACAUCACAAAGGUCAACGUUACGCGGACAGUGGACGUAUCUGAUCUGAUGUGGUCAAAUGUCACCAUCAAUAGCACAGAAAACACAGCCCUCUUUAGCACAGUGCCAAGUAUGCCGCCAGCAGCUGAGAAUGGAUCCCUGGCUUUAAAGGUUCAAUGCUUUGGUGUCGAAGGCAGGAGCAAAGAUCUACCUCAUUUACAGCACUUGCCCAACACCACCGAGUUUGCGCUGGUCCUUGACAACCUGGAACAGAACUACAACAGCACCCGGUAUGCAUUGGAGAUGCUUCUCGUGAGGGAUCAGCAAAAACCUAAGCAAUCGGGCAUCAAUCUCAAGAGUAUAGCCACCAUAGAUGAUGAAUACACACCUGCUGUCUUUAAAACAUAUGAAGUGGUAUUAAACAAUACCAGUCCGUCUGACAAAGGAAGUUUUAUUCAGUGGAAACCAAUCACAUACACCAGCACCGACAGGAACACGGAAGCUUCCAAACCUAUUAAAACCUAUGCAGUAAAUUCUACCAAUCACUACAUCAGCAAUUACAGCAUAGCACAUUCCUUCUUUGAUGAUCUGUCUGCGUUGGAUUUGGGAAGCCUCAAUAUCUCGUUUGGUAUCGGUAAAGAUGGCUUUUACAAAGCUACCAAAUAUUAUGUGUGGAACAGCGUGGCCGGAUACGGGACCCCGCCUAGCGACGGCCUCUCCAUCCUCAUCAUCUCCAUCAUCUCCGUCGGUCUUGGUAUCCCUGUCCUCCUCAUCUUCCUAGGAGGAAUCAUCGUCGCCUGCCAGAAGAGGAGCGCUCUCAGUAAAGACAAUUCCUUGACCAAGUAUACCUCCAUAAACAGCUGAAGUCGUUGUUUAGUGUGUGUGUGAAAGGGGCUUUCCUUAUGAUUAUGAACACAGCAAGUGUGCGCAACAUUGAACUGUACAUCAAGGCCCCAUUU